CCUCUACAACCCAGCCACACCCCUUCGGCGAGCAGUUCCAUGGGCGCCGCUUCUUACAGUUCUGUUCUGGGUGAGGCGAGGGCGGUAGUACAGUUUAGGCUCUCGGAAGAACAUCUCAGCAUUUAUCCACGACCUGGCACAAUAUCCCAGUACUUCUUCUGCACAAGAAGUCUACUUGCGGUAGAGCAUUAAGCCACCCAAUAAAAAUUCUCAUACAUGUAUUAACACAACUAGUACACUCCUAACAAACCAUGGAGCCGCGGCACACGGUUCCGCAGGAGAAGGCGCUGGUGGCGCCGGCGGAGAUUUUGGCGGACGGCCAGACGGUCUACAACCUGUACCGGGGAAUCGUGUGCAACAUUGUGAAGACGAGUGGGAAGGAAAUCUUGUCGCGCAUCUGGGUGGACCUCAGCCACAUGCAGGUGUGCGUUGCCAAGUUGGACGAGUCCUUCAUCGCGAGAUUCGAUGUGCACGACCUGGUGGUUCGGCCCCAGGGAGCGGCGCUGCACCAGAAAAGCCCCGAAGUGUCCCCGGAGGAUGUAUUUUUUUUGGGAGAAAAUUUUUGUUUUACAGAAAUAGGUCUGCAGAACAAGAAGUCGGAUGGCAAAUGCAGUCGCGCGCACUACUCGGAUCGAAGUACAGUUAAUAUAAGCAGGGAAAUUAAAAAUUCCGCGGCUGUGAUUACAGGGCAUCUCCCUAUUAAUUUGUCUGUAGCAGCCUUCAAGAAAGUGAAAGUCAAAGUUCCACAUCUCUUUGUUCCUAGGCCUCCGUCGAUUUAGCAGAGAUCCUGCUCGAAGAGGAGGAAGCGGAGCAGAGCCCGGGGUCGCACAGCCUCGUUUUCUGGGCCAGCAACGAGUACUUCGAGAACAACACGCGCAACGCCGAGCGGCAGCGCUUCUUUGCGGAGUUGGGAACCAGCCGUGUGUAUCAAAUGCAAAAAUGUCUGGGUCGGGAAGAAAUCAGAUGUUUGUCAUGCAGCUUUUGCAUCUGCGCGGAGGUCUGGAAUACACGCAAAGCAUGAGAAAUUCCUGGGAGGCUUAUUCAUGCCUAUCCCGCAUGAGAAAUUUUCCCUCGCCCAGGCAAAAACCGGCUAUAUUUUGCUGACCAUGCAAGACAGACUCUUGCCUCUUCCAGAAUUCGCAUGACAAGUUUGGAUCCUGCCAGACCCAGACAUUUUUGCAGUUGAUAGGGUGCACAAGGAAAGUGGACAUCAUCCAACCGACAGCUCCUCCGCCCGGUAUUCUGAGUAAAAACGUCCCCACCCCAGAGUUGUCAUGCAAAUCUGCAUGCCAAAAAAGUUUUUCAUGCGGAGCCCCAUGAAAAGCGCUUUGUAGUCGUAUUGUGAAAUUUGUGAUGCUAUAAUCAGCAUGAUAUGCUAGAUCGGUGAUGCUGCUGAACUACUUAAACAGGAUUACACUACGAGGACAAAUCUGUAAUGCGAAACAACCAAAGCUGAUUGAUUUGUCUAGCAGAUUUCCCAUCUUGACUCUGGUGUGGGGACGUUUUUACUCAGGAUACCCGGGAAAGGAGAACGAUUGUGGUGCACAUUCUGCCCCCGACCCAGCUCCAACUUCUAUCCGAGCAGUGGGACGAGAGCUUGGAAAAAGCGUCGAUCGCUUUGCACUAUCAAAUGCAAAUAUGUCUGGGCCUGGAGACUUGUGAUGCUAAAAUGUGGAUGAUGGAAACAGUUCGGGAUGCAACCUAGCUAGACAACUUUCCAGAACGCUUUCGCAUAGGCAAUCCGCAGCAGGAACUGCGUGUUUGCAUGUACAAAAGAGGCUGCGACUGUUGUAGGUUAUGCAAUACAGAUGUCCUAGGUAUGGAAAGUUAGCAUUACAAGCUCCAACCUUGUUGUUCCAGACCCAGACAUAUUUGCAAUGCAUAUGCACCGAGACGCGACGACUUCUGUAAAGAAGGACAGCGUGACGAACUCGGAUUCUAAAAACAGCUCGCAAGUUAUCGACAGCCCGGCGGAGGAUGGGAAUCCCGAUGUAGUAGUUGAUCCGCCCACGAUUUUGGACAGCGCGGCUAGUCCCUACAGCCCGACGAAGCUCGCUUUGACGCCCGCGACGCCCCCGAUCGGCGUCGGAAAGAUGAAGCCGGGAGGUGGACCUCCGGCGGUGGUGAAGCGCGACGAGAGCAUGGCGUCGACCGAAGCCGAAUCUAUGAUCAAGCCCACAGCCACAGCGCUGGCCACGAAUAGUACCGCGGGUGGCGCGGUGUCGUCGACGGCGAAAAUGGUAAAGGAUCACGACGCAGAAGAAGAAUCGUUGGAGCGGACGCGCUCCUACGUCCUGCAAGCCGCCGCGGCCGCGACGCGCGAGGAUGACGUGGUUAGCAGCGGCACCGGGGCGAACCCCCCGACGUUGCCGACGUUUGUGAACAACAUCCGGAAGUUGCGCGGCUUGGUGGACACGGACCAGCACGCGAUUCUGCACCUGCAGCGAAACAUGUUCCAGUAUCUCUGGCGGUUCAACGCGGCGGCUAUGACGCCCGAUCAGCUGUUCUCCGCGCAGGCGGUAGAAUUUGCUUUACUUGCAUCUUCGCUGGACGAUUUAUUGUGCUGGAUAAAAAUAGCAGCUGCGGUUUUAUAUAUUAGUUCUGCACAAAGAAACCCACUUCUGCUUCUGCAGCACUUCUGCAAUGAGCAAGAUGUCAUAAUAAAAAUCACGACAUAUUCCAACUACCCGCACCUCCACAGGUGCUGGCCUUCAACCUGGACCCGAAGGACGGGAUUGCGUACCUGAAGGACAAGGUCCUACGGCAGUCGGACGUGGAACCGCGGCGGGUUGGUGAGUGGAUCGCGGACAUGUCUGCAGCCGGGAAGGGCGGCAUCGACCCCUCCAUCCUCGGGCGGUUCUUCUCCCGGAAGGAUUCCCUCGACAUCUACGUCGGGUUCGUGGAAGCGGUCGACUUCCGCGGGCUGUCCAUCGUGCAGGCCAUGCGCAAGUUGUUCGACUGCUUCAAGCCGGGCGGGGAGGGACAGGUAAUGUAUCCUGUGUAGAAACGUCCCAACCCCCUAGUCAAAGUGGGCAUCUCGCAACACAGAUCAAGAAGUUUUGGGAGUCAAGCAUGACAAGUUCCUCUCUGAAUAGUUCUAGUGCUGUUUAGCAAGCACAGACGCAUCACAAAGCCAUCUACUAAUCCUGUUUAGAGCAUUACAAAUUUUUCCAAAACACGAUUUGAAUUGCCUCUCAUGCUGAUGCGCAUUACCAAUCGUCAUUGUGUGAUUGCAGCCUUGCAUUACAACUAUGGGGGUGGGGACGUUUUUACAUAGGAUAUAAUCGACCGGAUCAUCAACCACUUUUCGGAGAGUUACUACCGCCAGACGAAGCUCCCCGUGGACCCCGACCGGCCACCCACGCUGCCGAACACCACGGACAACUUUCCCGAGUGGAAGUCCGCGGACUCGCCCUACGGCUUCGGUUUCGCGAUCAUUAUGCUGAACACGGACCUGCACGUGAUGGGCCGCUAUCAAAUGUAAAAAUAUCUGGGUCUGGAAGGUUGCAACUUGUGAUGCUGUCUUUGGAAGGUAAAAAAAGGACUAGCAAGAGGAGUUCAGUUUGUGCUACGCGGAGUGGGCAUUUCUCAUGCGGAAUACGCAUCAGGGGGUCAUUUAAAAAUCUGUGAUGCUCGGCCAUGCAUUACAGGCAUCAUGGGUUAUGCAAAAUAUGCAUGACAAACCUGGCAGACCCAGAAACUUUUACACUUGAUAGCCGCAUGAUCGGCAACAAGGCAAAGUCGAGCAACGACAAGGGAUUCAGCGGCAUGUCGGUGUCGCAGUUUAUCGUGAACAGCCGGACGAUUUUGCAGCCGGAGGAAGCGUCGGACCAGUUUUUGACGAACGUGUACGAAGACAUAAAAGCCUCGGAAAUCCAGUUGCGGCCGCUACCCCAGGCCCCACUGAGCUCGUUGCCCGUGGCGCCCGACAUCGAGGGGUGGCUCACGGUGCUGCUGCAGGUGAAUCCGCGCGGCGUGCACAUCCAGCGGUACUGGUGUGUGUUGGCCAUCCAGCGGCUGUACAUUUUCAGCGACAAAUACCACGGGCUCGGCUUGUACCCGCGACUGUGCUUGGACGUGAAAGCGAUCCGCGCCAAUACGGUGUCCGACCCAGAGUCUUUCCAGGCUCUGCUAACGCAGAUCGUGGAAAACCAGCAGCCAAGGCGUAAGUAUCUAGGGAAUGUGAUUUGUGCAUGUUUUUUCUUUUCAUUCGUUCGGGGUUUUCGCUAUGCAAAAGGAAUUCUGUCGGUGUCGUUUUCAUCCUGGUCCGGACUACUUUAACCCUUAUAUCAAAAAUCCAGGCCGCGCUGCGUUUUCCAAGUGCCUGCAGUCCUCCUGUCUCCGGGAGGGCACAGGAGACCGUAGUAUCGAGAAGUCGGCUUCGCUCGUGUGCAACAGCAGUGAAUUCCGGCAAUACGAGCUGUCUUCGGAUUUAGCGAUCGUGCUGACCAAGGAUAAAGGCGCGACGCAGGACUUGGACCUGUACUUCCGUCCGACAAGCAGUGAGGAACUGAAGGAGCAAUCCUCGUUCUCUCAGUCCUGGGCCGUGCGGCGCGCCAGCCACAUGCUCAGCUCCGCGACGGCGUCCUCUGCUUCGCAAAAACAGGCGUACACGUCGCAGCAGCCCGAGGGCAGUUGGGAACCGCGCCAGCCACGGCAGAAGCGGUUUAUCCCACAGAAAAAAGCUGGCAGGAUGAGGCUGUAAUGCAAAAAUAAACACACAGAAAGAUCUGUCAUGGGCGGCCUCAUAGCAUGCUAUUUAGGAUAUGCAAAGCAAAUUUUUUUGUCUAUUUAUUUUUGCAUUACAAAUAUGACCUGCCAGUUUUUUUCUGUGUGAGACGGUUUGUUUGUUGCGCGGAAACGCCAAAUUUGAUGAACAAAUGGGUCAGCAUGCUGAGCAUGUGA